AUGUCAAGUUAAGCAAGUAAUUCACAAACUCACACUAGAUAGGCAUCUUUUACCUCUAGAGUCUAGUAAAGCAGCACAAUUGGGGGAUCAAACGUAGCUAAACCUAACUUGAAUAUUAUGAGGCAAUUUAAAUAUGAUCAGACUAUCUUUGACAGACCGAAAACACUGUCAAGCUUUAAGUCAGUUAGCAUGCAAAAUCAACUGAAAGAAUAGGAGGACACCUUGACUAAAUUACAAGACAAGAUGAAUGCUAGUAAGUUGCCCAAGGGAUCGUAAAUUGAGAAAGAAAAGGAGAGAUACCAAAAGAUGCCAAUUAUGCUAGUUUUUGACUACUUAAAGGGAUUUUUCUUUAAAAGUCAGAAUGAAAAUGAAGAACUAAAGCACAAAAUUGAGAAAUUGGAAAAAGGAGAAAAUCUUGAUAAGAUCUUGAAGUCUAAUAAUACUGGUAAUGCCUUUAGCCAAGAGAAUGAACAAUAUAUGAAAGACCUUAAAACAACCAUUGAUAAAUUGUAGUUUGAAAAUUCUAAGAUCAAAAUGGAACUUGAAAAAACAGUUAAGGAGCUUACAGAUUUUAAGGCCUAGAAAAAGUAGGCUAUGGACACCUCAUAGGUUAUUAUUUUAGAAAUAAAGAAUGAUAACGAAAAAUUACUAAAAGUAAUCGACGAUAAAAAUGGUUAGAUCGAGUUGUUUAAGAAAGACAUCCAAGACAGAGAUAUAUAGAUUGAAAAACUAAAAGAGAAAUUAGUGGACACAUCUAAGCUUCAGUAAAAGGUUAAAUUACUUGAGAACAAGUAUGCCACUGAUAUCAAUCAUAUCAAAGCAAUUUCAAUGAAAGAGAAUGUAGAUAAGAAGAAAGGCGAAGGUGAACAUACUAAGCUGCUUGCCCUUAAUAAUGUAAAAGAUGAGAGAAUUCUUUUUCUUGAGAAUGAAAUAAAAUCUUUUAGAGACAAAGUCUCAACCGACAGAUAGACUCAAAACUAAGUAUCUAAACUAUCCUUCAGAGCAGAAAUUAAUGAGAAAAUAAGUAGGAAAAGUGAGCAUGAGAUAGCAAGACUAAAGAUUCGGAUUGAAGAAAAGGAUAGAUAAAUUGAGAAAAUCAAAAAGGACUUCGACAGAGUAUUUGAAGAACUUAAGAAAUAUAAGAAGGAUGCAGAGAAAGCAAUAAAAUAUGAAAGUAUUUAAGGACCAUAGGGUAAUCAAAUGAUGAAUAUGGGUUCAAAUUCAGCAUAGUCAGUUAUACCUUACAUUCCAGUAGACAAGAAUCCUUACUUAUUAGAAGAGUAUUAAAAGAAGGUAAGGGAGCAAGAGCAAGUAAUUCUAGGCAUGCGUAAAAAAUUUAAACGAAUGAAUCUAACUGAGAAAAAGGCUUAUAUAAAGCAAAAAGAGUUUGAGAUGCAACGUUUUGAAUAUGAAAGGGAAAUUUAAGAUAUGAGGAAAUAUGGUGGAGAUAAGAAAAAGAGUCAUGGUUAUCUAAGUAACGGUGAUUCAGAUUCAUCUUUAGAUGAAAGAGGAUAUCCACCUUCUACAAAGAUUAAGCAUGACGAUGGUAGUGUUAGUAACAUGCCUAGGAGUUCUUCUAUUUAAAAGCUAACUUCAGGAUUGCAAAGUAAAAUGCUAUUUAACUAAGUAGGAUCAUAGACUUAGAGAAAUUUCAAAACAGCUAGUGGAGCUUUAUUAGUAAAUACUAACAACAAAGAUAGUGUAGCUUGGAGUAACAAUGAAAACCUAAAGACUCUUAAAGAAACAAGAAUGACUCUGAAUACUUUAAAUACUAAUAAUGAAUUAGGAAGUGAUCUGAAUGAUAAAUCUUCCAAAAGAUUUGGAUCAGUUAAAACUUAGUUGUAGAAGCUUAAUCUUUGA